AUGAUACAAACCACCACUAUCUUGCACCACCACCAUGGUCGUCGCACCUACAUCUCACCACCUGCAACCACAACACAAUCGACCACCACCACCAUUCCUACCAUCCAUCGCCGCCCUACCAUCUUCUACAUCACCACCUUUUUCCUGUUCCAUAAGAAAUAUGGUCAACCAGCUCAAAUAUGGUCUGAUUCCAUUUCUCAAAGCCCUCAACUACGAUUGACAUGUGAUCAAGGCUGGAAAAUUUCAUAUGUUGGUUUCGCUAGCUUUGGGAAUCCCAAAGAGGAUUGUGGUGCUGGAUUUACUCAAGGAAGUUGUCAUAUAAACGUCAUAUCAAUUGUUGAACUGGUGAUGAUAUCUGGAAAGGAAGAACCUGAUGCUUCUCUUCCCCCUGCUGUAGAUGGUCUUCUUAUGGGACUUACGAGACAACCUUGUUGUCUUGUCUGGAAUGCUUGUCACAUAUCUCAAUGUGUUGGUAGAAAACGUUUUGUUGGAGGCAUUGCUUGGGAGACUUCAGAAGAAUCCUUUAGCAGUAACUUCAGCUAUUAUGGGGAACUUACAGAUUCUGUGAUAAUGAUGGAUAAAAUAACUGGGAUACCACAUGGAUUUGGGUUUGUAAGAUUUGUUGAACCUGUUGAUACAGAUAAAGUCUUGGAGCAAGAUCAUGUCAUAGAUGGCAGACCAGUUGAAGUGAAGAGGACAGUUCCAAGAGAGGAUAUGAUGGGUAGCAGAGGUGUAUCAAGAACAAAGAAAAUAUUUGUUGGUGUUAUACCAUUUUCUUUUCGUGUUUUAUUAAAAAUAUGGGCUGUAUUGAAUCUUGGAUUCUUGGAAAAAGGUAUGUUACUACAUGUGUAUUAA